CUCGGCGACACGCGGGCGCCUGCGCAAUCGGCGGGCAGUAGGAGGGCUGGAGACCCAAACAGUAAAGAGCUGACGGUUUUUUUCGCGGAGGCUCGAGGCGGCCUUCGGAGGGGGUGAUGGUCCCUCGGGCCUGUCGGUAGAGGUUGUACUGCAGUCCCCGACUUCGGACACCAGCCGGGCUGCGCUUCAUGGAUAUGGCUCACAUUCGGGACUUCAGUUUACAGAAUGCACGCAUGGACCCAGAGGAGCUCUUUACGAAGCAGGAACGGAUUGGGAAAGGCUCUUUUGGUGAAGUAUACAAAGGAAUAGAGAACCACAGUAAAGAAGUUGUGGCAAUCAAAAUCAUUGAUCUGGAGGAGGCAGAGGACGAGAUAGAAGACAUCCAACAGGAGAUUACAGUGCUCAGCCAAUGUGAUAGCCCAUAUGUCACCAAGUACUAUGGCUCUUACCUAAAGGGCACAAAAUUAUGGAUAAUCAUGGAAUAUCUUGGUGGAGGCUCUGCAUUAGACUUGCUAAAGCCAGGCCCUCUGGAGGAGACAUACAUUGCCACAAUUCUGCGGGAAAUCCUGAAAGGUUUAGACUAUCUGCACUCGGAACGGAAAAUUCAUAGAGAUAUUAAAGCUGCUAACGUGUUACUGUCCGAACAAGGUGACGUUAAGCUCGCAGACUUUGGUGUUGCAGGUCAACUAACCGAUACACAAAUAAAGAGGAACACUUUUGUGGGCACGCCCUUCUGGAUGGCACCAGAAGUCAUCAAGCAGUCUGCAUAUGACUUCAAAGCAGACAUCUGGUCCCUUGGAAUUACUGCGAUUGAACUAGCGAAGGGGGAGCCGCCUAAUUCGGAGCUGCAUCCUAUGCGAGUUCUAUUCCUCAUUCCGAAGAACAACCCCCCAACUCUGGAAGGAAAUUACAGCAAGCCCUUCAAAGAAUUUGUCGAGGCGUGCCUCAAUAAGGAUCCCAAAUUUCGACCAACAGCGAAAGAGCUUCUGAAACACAAGUACAUCCAGCGUUACACAAAGAAAACCUCCUACCUAACAGAACUGAUAGACCGCUACAAACGCUGGAAGUCUGAAGGUCAUGGUGAGGAGUCUAGUUCUGAAGACUCUGACCUUGAAACUGAUGGAGAUGAAAGGGAUCAGUGUCCAGUAUGGACUUUCCCCACUGUACGUCCCAGCACCUUAAGCAAGCUUCAAAAUGGAAUGCCUGUACAGAGUUCUCAGAAGUCCUCAGAACCUAUGAAGCGACUGCCAAAGUCAAAGUGCUUGACAACCCUGGUCAAUCCCAUGUUCAGAGAGCUACAAGAGAAGCACAAAGUCACUGGUGGAAAUCUGGGUGCCAUUGAAGAGCUGGAGAAUGCUUUUAAUCUGGCUGAGGAAUCCUGUCCAGGCAUUUCGGAUAAACUGGUAGCACACAUGGUGGAGCGGGUACGAAGGUUUUCAAUAAGCAGUUCUGGCAAGAAUUCGGCACGGUGAGGAUCUUGGCACCUUCAGGGGCUGCCUAUGGGGCCCCGUGACCCAGCACCCAACACCCUUCCUGCUGCAGUUAGGAAAGUCCGUGACUGCUGAUGCCACUGCUUCAUGGCCAAGGCGCUGAGACUCGAUCACACUGUUGGAUCAGAACUGAAGAUGUUUUACUUUUAAAACUGCUGCCAUGAGGGGUGGCACCAAAUAUGAAGGGUUGAUUUUUUUUGUUGUUUUAAUUAGAAGUUAUAAUAUUUUUACAGUUUCUUUAUAUGCAGAGAAGGUUAAUUGAUGGUGUAUAUCAAACUGUAUUAGUAGAAAUGUACUGUGCGAGAGACAGCAUCUCUUGCUUGCCUGUCUAAGAUUCAGUUUCCGAUUUCAAAGGUCAAUUUUUUUAAAUGGUUUUAAAAUUCAAUAAUACCAUUUAUAAGGGUGCGAGGGCAUGGAUUAUAUUCAUUCAGGGUAGAGAUUCUGAGAUUAUGUACAACUUUCACUGAACUCUUUUAAGAUGGGGCCAUGUUCUAAAGCCUGUUUAGCCGGUAGUUGGAUGUAGGAGUUGCUGAUGCUUCUCCAGACUUUAGGUCAGCCAGAUCAUCCUUGAAGAAUUCCUCUGUCUUGGAAUAGUCUGAUGGCAUGAACAAAAUGUCUCUCAACUGCAAAGGCUAUGCUUUUUCAGUCACUCCAAUCUACUGGCCUGUCAGUCUGCUUGAGUAACAGCUUCCUAAUGGACCCCUGCAUGUUGCCGGUGGAGAAAUGGAUAGGCUAUUGAAAUGACUUCGAACAACUGGAAGGGUGAAUUUGUGAAGGAUGAGAUUGAGAAAGGAAUGAAAACAGUUUUAUUUUAAAAAAAACACUUAAAUGUGAAGUUCUAGAAACACUAAUGUUACACCUGAGUAUAUAUUAAUCCCUCGUUCAAACCAGCACCAAAGCUUUCUAUUCUUCCACCUCUCCAAACACUGCAAAUUACAAUGGCAUGAUCCCCCAUUUUUAUUUGUACUGAGACCUGCAAAAGUAAUUGUCUCUAUAGGACAGUUCCACAGUGCUGAAUCAUGGGGUUGGUUGAAAGGGUGCAAAUCAUGCCUGUUGGGGAUUACACAUUUUUGUUUCCCUGAAAAAAAAUUGAAUGGAGGAGAGAGAAAAAUGUAGAGCCUCCUAUGGCAAAAUCUCAAUUUCUGUAAACUCUCCAGCCUGGGUUGCUCAGGAGAGCAUAAAACAAAUGAAUCCGGAUGUUACUUGGAUCAGAUGGUAGAGAAAUUUAAGACUGAGUGUCUUAAGUCAGUCUGGUCAAAUCUAGAUCAGACUCGCUAUGUGUUAACACUCCAAACCUUUCAUUUCUAAACGGGUGCCAAUGGGCAACUGGAAAAAAAACAUCCUGUUUAAUUUAAGGACCAAUGAAAAAGGCAGAUGACUCAAAUAUUUUCAACAUCACAAGUGCCCCCUUGCCCCCAAACUGAUUUUGCACUGUUAGUACUCCAGAGAACAAGAACUCGUAGGCACAUUGAAGAAAUACUACUGUUACAAUUGUACAGCAAUAGAGCUGCUGUUGCCAAAGGAUCACUGGGUCAUUGGAGAUCUGUGGGACUGUGCUCAGUCUUUUAACUGAAACGCUGCUGGCCAACGUCUUUAAUGGCAUGGACAUGGGCUUUCCUACUGAACAAACAGGGGAAACCCUGGUGUUAGCAGGGCAUGUGCAAAGUGAGUUUUGCGAUGCAGUUGUUACUUCAUCUACUUUCAAAGGAAGUUUCUUUAUCUCAUUUGAUGUAGCAUUCAAAGAAAGUUCCCAUAAUAUCGUGCCCCAAUUAAGUUUGUGGUUUCUUCUGAAGGUACCUAAAUGUUCCAAUUUGCAAGUAAGAGCACAUUCCUUCUCGGUUCCAUAGUGUAAUUUAGAAUCUAUAAUAAUUUUAAAUAGAUCCUCUGUAUAGCCUUAAAGGGCAUGAUAACUUGAAUGGAUUAUUUUGCUGUUACACUAUGCAUUAGGAAUAUGAACAAAAUGAGUGACAAUAAUGCUACAAAAUAUGCCCAGCCACAUUGUCUUGUGCAUAACACAAAAACAUUUGACCCAAGUCUGGUAGAAAUGUCAAUGAUGUGGGUGGGGGGGGGAACUAAAAUGAAAAAAAUAAGGUUUUUGUGGGUGUGGAGGAAAUGUAUUUAGUAUCUCAAUGUUCCUGAUCUAAAUGAUAUUUUUCAGAAAGAUGGUAUUACAUAAGGGAAAAAUAGUAUUAAUUAAGAGUGGACUUGGUAUUAAGGGUUGCAAGUAAAACAGGAACUGCAGUGUGAUAUAUGGGGAAAUGAGACAUAUAAGAGAUUUUUUUAAGUGCACUUGGCAAUAUCCAGGCAAAAGAACUAAUCAGUCACCAAACAUGAAAGGAUAGCAAUCUGCCAGUUCCAGCUAUGACUUUAGCAUAAUCCCCAGGAGGGACAGGUUGAUUUAUUUUGCUGGGUUAUACCUCAGUGUUAUGGCUGGAAAUCUGGAGUAACCCAUUCUCCAAUUAGUCUCUGGAUUUUAGUUUGCCAGCACCUAAACAAAAUUAGAUUUUUCCUUUUAAAAUUAUACUGGCUCUGCUUAUCAUCGAAGGCUCCCUCCCGUGGUGAUUCCAGGUCUGACGCAGCUGUAUGCAGUUCCAAGUUACAGAUGCCUGUAUCCCAUUGAGAUGAGCAGUAACUUCACAACUUUGUCAGUGAAACUGGGGAUUGUCUUCCUGUCUGUCUUGUAUCUGUAUACUGUGUGCAUUAACAGUGUACAUGUGCACACCUUGGUUUGCAAACCCAUUUAUUACCUAUCUUAAAAUCCAAUUUAGAUUUGGUUGUAGUUAUUUAUGGUGAAGGAGCGUAUCCAUGCUCUUGGAGCAGUGGAUCGUGUUUUAUAUACAAUGUAAUGGACAAGAAUAAAAUACAAGAAUGGGC